AUGUCAAACCCCAGAAAAUCCGUGCUUAUUACCGGCUGCUCCGCUGGAGGCAUUGGCGCUGCCCUAGCCCAAGUCUUUCAGGAAAAGGGUUACGACGUGUUUGCAACAGCUCGCACGCCAUCCAAGAUCUCGCGCGAACUCUCGACUGCGUCCAAUGUCACCAUUCUAACUCUUGAUGUGGUUUCGUCCAAAUCAAUCACUGCCGCAGUUGAGAGUGUCAGAAAUGUGACGGGUGGCAAGCUCGAUAUUCUGAUCAACAACAGCGGCAUGCCGUUCCGGGCACCAGGCCUAGACGCGCCCAUAGAGGAGGGGAAGAAGCUCUUUGACCUCAACUUUUGGGCACCUCUCGAGAUGCUUCAAGCCUUUGCCCCCUUGCUCAUCGAAGCAAAAGGAUGCGUCGUCAAUAACUCAUCAUGCAGCGCCGUUCUCCCCAUGGGUCUUUGUAGCAUCUAUGGUGCAUCCAAGGCGGCGCUCACUCUAGCCAGCGAGACUUGGCGCCUCGAGCUUGAACCCCUGGGUGUCCGCACGAUUACAAUAUCCACGUGUGCCACCAAGUCCAAUGCCCAGACAAACGGAUUCAAGGCCAAAAUCCCAGAGUCUUCGCCAUACUAUCCGAUUCGAGAGUUCAUUGAGAAGCCCUCCGACAUGCAGGCAAAGGCAAUCACGGCGAGAGAGUACGCAACCAAAGUUGUUCGAGAAAUUGAGGCCGGUACUGCGGGCAUCAUCUGGGUUGGAACUAGCUCCAUGAUGACUAGAUUGGUAGCGUCUAUGCCGGGGUCUAUUCUGGACAAUGUGGUGGAGAGUAUAAUUCCUGUUCAGAAGGAGAUGGCGAAAGCGAUCAAAGAGAAAAAACUCUAG